AUGACAUGCGAGAUGAACGGCUGCGGAGGAGCAAAGCAUUUUGAACCCAACAAGAAGGAAUAUUUGCCGUAUUGCACCAACCAUGCCACCUGCCCAGUUGCCCGAUGUAAGCAGACGAGACUGGACCGACAGUCAGCUUUCUGCGAUGACCAUACCUGUCGAGAGAGGAGCUGCAACAAGAGCGCCAGAGUGAAGCCGUAUUGUGAUGAUCAUCGAUGUGCGGAAAUCGACUGCGCCUAUCCUAUCGCCGACAAAACUGGAAGGUUUUGCCCACUGCAUACUUGCCGAGCCGAAGACUGCUUAGAGUUCGUCAACAGUUUCUCCAUAUACUGUCAAUCCCACGGCUGCUCCAAAUCCAAAUGCCUCCAACAAUCCAUCGUCGAGUACCUCUGCCUAGACCACCUCAAAAAACACUACACCGCCCUCGGCCGCCGCUCAGCCCUAACCCCUGCCUCCUCCCAAUUCGGCACCGUCGCAACAAGCACCAUAGCAGAGGACGACGAUUCCUCCGCUUCAGACGACAACGACGAGAGACGCCCAGGAAUAAGGAAUAAACCCCCUAGCCUGAAAGGCGCCUACCCGUCCUCUUCGACGUUUAGCACCACCCACAGCCAUACAAGAUCAGCACCCAUCUUUGUCCCUAACUCCAAUUCUGGCAGCGGUGGAGGCAAAGAGACACCAUUGACUAUGAGGCCGAGCACAACACUCCAGAUUCAUACUCAGAAUAAUACAUCUGACCCUCAUCACCCCUCGCCGUCGCAAAAGGGCCCGGGGUUUUACAAGGUGAACACUGCUGCUGAUGGGGGUGGUGGUGGUGAUGGGGAGAGUGUUAGGGCACCGUUGCCCAAGCUUGUGCCUAUGUCUCUGCCUGUUCCGAGCGACGAUGGGAAGACAGGUUCGAGGCCGAAGCUCAUGGAGGAUAUAGAGGGUAUGUUGUACAAUCCUGAGAGGGGGUGCUGGGAGUAGUGGCCGUGCUAAUUUAUCUGUUGAUUAUUCCCAUUUGUGAGAUUGGAGUAGUUUGAAAGGAGAGAAUCAUCCUUGAUCAAUUGCAAAGGGUAAUUUAUUAUACCGUGAUUUAACCGUGACCUCUCUCCAACACGACAAAUCGUG